GUUGCGCUUGCUCCCGGCAGCUCUUGCCCUUGCGGCGGUGGUUGCCCCGUGCUUCGUGGCGGCGCCGGGCAAGAAAAGCGCAGAGGUUCCGGUGGCGCCGUUGGCCGCUGGCAUGGCGGUUCUUUCGAACAUCGAGGCGGCCUAUGCUGCGCUGCCACCGCUGGAGGAUGUGCCGCUCGAGGAGAUCGGCCAGACACGGCAGGGGAUGUUGGACAAGGAGUCCGACACCUUCAUGGGCAUUAGCUUCCCGAUUUGGCUGUUUGUCAUCGGCGGCGCUGUGCUUUGGGCCCUGACAUGGAUCCUGAGCAUCAAGCCGGCGAAGGAUGCGGAAGGCACCUACAGGACCUACAUCGGAGCUGGUGCGCUGCCUCCGGACGGAUUCACCAACCCUGCCGACCCCCGCGUGGUCGAAGAGUUGGCGGAUGAGGAUGAUGAGCUUUACAGCGACGAGCUUCGACCCGGUGACGCCAAG